ACACAGGUAGGCGGUGAUCGAAUAACGCAGCUCGCUCUCGGUUCCGUGUUUGGAAGUGAGGCGGAACCCACAACUGUCACUGCUGCUGAAGUUCAGUUCACUCCGACCAGGAAGUCUUAAAACGGUGCACUGUCUCCCCAUGACCAUGUUAUUUUUGCAAGCUGCACACACAGGCCGUCGCACUAUGUGACUUGUUUCAAAAUGAGUAAGAGGAAAGGCAAAGUGAUCAGUGAUGCGAUAGCUAUCAAGUGCCGCAGACUGACAGCUGUGGGUAUCGAAGAUGCACCAGAUGAUACAAACCAUCAGAGACCAUCUUCCAGCAGCUUCUCUCACUCUGCCACAGGAGAUAUUGGCCUCAUUGAAAGCGUCACUCUAAAGAAUUUCAUGUGUCACCAUUUGCUCGGUCCGUUCCAGUUUGGGCCCAAUGUGAAUUUCAUCGUUGGCAACAAUGGAAGUGGAAAAAGUGCCAUCCUGACUGCUUUGAUUGUAGGCCUCGGUGGAAAGGCCACUGUCACAAAUAGAGGAGUGUCACUGAAGGAUUUUGUGAAGAGCGGUGAAAGUACUGCAGAUAUAACCAUAAAGCUGAGAAACAGAGGACCAGAUGCUUAUAAAAGGGACGUCUAUGGCGACUGCAUCUCCAUUGAGCAUCGGAUCUCUUGUGAUGGAUGUCGGACCUGCAGACUGAAGAGCAAAUCAGGGCAACUUAUCUCAAACAAGAAGGAGGAGUUGACGGCCAUUUUGGACCACUUCAACAUCCAGUUGGAUAACCCAGUGUCCAUUCUCAACCAAGAAAUGAGUAAACAGUUUCUGCAUUCAAAAAAUGAAUCAGACAAGUAUAAGUUCUUUAUGAAAGCAACUCUGCUGGAACAGAUGAAGAGGGACUACAUCCACAUCAAGCACACUAAAACAGUCACACGACAGCAGGUUGAGAGACAAGAGGAGUGUAUUAAGGACCUGAAGCAAGAGUUUCUACAGAAGAAAGAGAGGUAUGAACAUUUGUCGUCCUUCAGUGAGAUGAAGGUGGUUUUGGAGAAUCUGAAGAAAGCAAUGGCGUGGUGUUUGGUCAGAGAGAAGGAGCAGUUUGUACAGCAGUUGAAGGAGGACAUUGAAAAGGAAGAGAAUAAUUACAAACAUCAGGACAACCUUCAGCUCUGUCAAACUAAGGUCAUACAAGUAGAAAAGAAGCUUCAGUGCAUCAAAAGCAGAAUUGACAGUCUGAGAGAGGAGCAGGAGUCUCUAUCAGAGGACAGUCUCAAAUUGAAAGAGCAAGUGAAGGUCAACAGCAAAGCUCACAAGGAACAGGAGCUUGUUUAUUUUCGGGCUCUGAACAAACUCAAACAGUCGGAGCAAGAGCAAAACCUUCUUCAGGAGAAAAUUAACAAGGCAAAAACAAGUGUAAGCUUGAACAAUGACGGAGAGACAGAAUAUACAAAAGAGCAGAAGAAAAUAUCCAGUCUGAAAGAGCAGCUCGCAGAGCUUGAGAAGACGUGCUCACAGCUGAAUCAAGAGAUCAAGAACAAACAUCAGGCACUUUUCAAAGGAAAGGAAGAACGGGACAAGCUGAGAUUGGAGGAAAGAAACAUCCAGGUUUUGUACGCGUCCAAGCUGAAGAGGAAGAAUCAGCUCCUUGCCAGUCGAUCGAACAAACUGAAGCGGUUUGGAGAUAAUGUACCCGACCUGCUGGGUUCGAUUGCUGAGGCGUAUGCCACGGGACGCUUUCUCAAGAAACCUGUUGGUCCAAUAGGUGUGUGUAUCAGUUUGAAGGAUCCCACGUUGGCUGUAGCCGUGGAGUGCUGUCUGCGGAGCUUCAUGAAGUCUUUCUGCUGUGACAACUACAAGGACGAGGCCGUCCUUCAGGAGCUGAUGUCUCGCUAUUAUCCAAAGGGCAACAGGCCACAGAUCAUCGUCAGCCCUUUCUCUGAAAAAGUUUACAACAUUCAUGGACGGAAAGCAUAUCAUCCAGAAUACCCAUCUGUAAUAGACAUAAUCACAGCGUCAAGCCCGGUUAUCAUCAACUGCCUGAUUGAUAUGAGGGGGAUAGAAUCAGUUCUGAUAAUCAAAGAAAAAGACAAAGCCAGGAGGGUCAUGCAGCAAGGCAGGCCACCUAAAAACUGCCGUGAAGCCUUCACUGCUGAGGGAGAUCAGGUGUAUGCAAACCGGUAUUACACCUCCGACUUCAGCAUAGCCAAAUAUCUUGGCGGGGAUCUCGAGACUGAAAUAAGUCUGUUGGAGUCCGACCUGGAGAAUCUCCAGGCUCAACUGUCCAGGUUUCAGCUCCACGUGACCUCUGUGACCGAGGACAUUGUGAGCAUGGAGAGCAGGCUGAACAGUACCAUCAUAACCCUGAAGAAGACUCUGGCAUCUGUGAAUCAAGUCAAGGCAACAAUAACUGAGCUGGAGACUGCUGAUGAAGAGCAAAUUGAUGACAUCAGCUCCUUGGAAGAAGUCGCCCAAGAGAACCAACAGAAAAUGGAGGCAGAAAAGCAAACUGUCCAUGAAGAAAAGACAGAACUCGACAAGCAACGGAAAAUAGCAGAGGACAUAGAGUCAAAGUACUCUUCUGUUAGAGAACGAAUUGAUCAGCUUCCGGAGGACAUAGAGCCGUUAAAGGAUGAGCAGAUGAAGCUGGAGGCUGAGUGUGCAAAACAUGAACGAAACCUUAAGAUUUUAGAAAACAAACUGAAGGCUCAUGAAGACAACAUCCAAGCUAUGAAAAGUGACCUUGCCCAAAGAGAAGAGGAGUUACAGGAAUAUGUGGCUAAAGCCACAGAGAUCAGUCCUGAGCGGCAGCAGGUGACCGGCAGCACCAAGAGCAUCGACGCAGAAAUCACUCGGCUGAAGAAGAAAAUCAAGGUGUUCGAGAGCAGCCAUGGCGAGCAGGAGCAGGUGGUCAGGGAGUACGCUGAGGCCCUCGCACUCUACAGACAGAAAACCAACCAAGUGAGAGAUCUGCGGAGGUUCAUCGAUCGACUCGAUAACAUCAUGUCAGACAGGCAGAACAGAUACAAAGUAAUGCGUAGGUCCCUCUCUGUCAGAUGCAAGUUAUACUUCAAUAACUUUCUGAUAAAGAUGAACUGCUGUGGCUCGAUGAUUUUCGAUCACAACAAUGAGACGCUCUCAAUCUCGGUAAAGCCUCCGGGGAGGGAGGAUGAUGGUGUGAGUGACAUGAGGUCACUGUCUGGUGGCGAACGCUCCUUCUCCACUGUUUGCUUCAUGCUCUCCCUGUGGGAGAUCACCGAAUCACCCUUCAGAUGCCUCGAUGAGUUCGACGUCUACAUGGAUAUGCACAAUCGCAGAAUCUCUCUGGAUCUCCUCCUGGAGCUGUCAGAGCGGCAGCACCUUCGACAGUUUGUCUUCAUUACCCCCCUCACCACCAGCAAUCUACCCAAAACCAGCCUCAUCAAAAUCCACCAGCUUCAGGAUCCGGAAAGGGUCCGGAGUGAAACUGGUGAUGAAGAUGUUUGAAAUGAGCUCCAGGGAUGUUGAUGUGUACAGUCACUGUAUAUUUCCACAUUACAGUGUUUGGGAGUUGCUGCUUGUAAACGUCAUUUAACAUUUGUUUGUUUGCUGGGAUGUAAUAUAAUAAUAAGUAAUAAUAAUUGUGUUAUUACAGUUUAUGUUGCCAGGACACAAAGGUAUGUUAACUUAUCCUGUUAACAUUUGAUUGUUUUUUCACUCUGAAGGCUGUUUCUGGACUUGCCAGGAAGACCGGGGACUCUUAAGGAUGUUGAUUAGUUUGUCAGAUGAAACUUUUUUGGUCUGUUUGGGUGUAAAGAGCAGUACUGCAUCUAGGGGCCGCUAGCUAUUCUCUUAUUCUCGAUAAUAUCCUGAAUAUUUAUCAUUCAUUGUAAACAUUUUAGGCGUCUCAAUAACUGAGAUUCUUUUCAGUUAUGAGCAGAGUGACGAGCCAGAUUGUAUUUAUCUCAUUAGUGGCCUCUGCUGGCAUGAUGCUCUGCAGCAGUGUGUCCUGGUGGUCAAAGAGGGUGUACUGUAACUGGGAAGUCACAGGUCUGAUUCCCACCACAGCACUCUUAAGAAAGAAAACAAGUCUCUACCGAGUCAUUCAACUAAUUUUGAGUUCUCAGCUGGAUAAACUAACGGUGGUGAAUAAUGCAGGUGUUCAAAACAACACAGACAAACCUCUGUGUUGUUUUGUGUUGUGUGUCAACUUUUCAGAUUGUAGUGUUAUACUGCUUGCUGUUUGUGCUCAGUAGGUAAGAUGUCUGCACUAACUUUUUUUUUGUCUCUUUUAAUUUUAGCUAUGUAGUAAUGUAGCAAACUAUUGACAUGAUUAUGUGGUAAUUAUAUUUUGACAGUUGUAGUGGAUAAUACGCGUUUAUUAUGCGUUUCAUAAAUUGACAGUAUCUUUAAAAAUUGUACACUGAAAUUGUUUUACAGUUGACUAUUUUUGUGUAGGUUUACCUCAGGAGUCUGGUACCAGAGAGGAAGACUUUUACUAUUUUACCCCAGGGCUCUACUCAGCCUGUCAGUGUUAAUAUUUUUACAACAGAUUGAUUAAAGCUGAUCAUAUUUGGGCUCUGUUACAUAAACAUGUACAUUAGUGCUCUCUAGUUCUCUCCCUUGUUAGAAACGCUCAUCUAUCUGUAGUUAACUAACAGCUGUGUAGAAUCAUAACCGUUGUUACAAUAAACUCGGAGAAGAAAUUUUGGAUGAUCUAAA